AUGAUUCCCAGAGGUCUCGCCGCCUUCGGGACCCCGUCCCUCGAGAUUGGCCAAAUCUUGCUCGGAAACGCCAGCAGGUACACCAUUCAGAAGAAGAUCCGCGAAGGUGUCUGGAUUGCUACAAACCCCCUGGGCAACAAGUCCAUCGUUAAGGGCGUUCAAGGCAUCUCCGGUGCCCAGAACGAGCACAAUGUCCUUCGCAAAUUCCAGGGCAACCCCUUCCUCCGCCCGGUUAUCGACGAAAUCCAGCAAGACGCACCCAUGAUUGUACUCCGCCACAUGGACGACACUCUUCUGAAGGCAACCGUCAAGAAGCCUCUCACGAACCGCGAGAUCCGUUUCGUCGCCCGCGCUGUCCUCCGCGGCCUGUCCACCCUCCACAAGGAUGGCUACGUCCACACCGACAUCAAGCCCGACAACAUCCUCGUCAACUACGCCUCCGAAUCCGAAGCCGACCCGGACCUUCGCUUCUCCGACGUCCAGAUCGGCGACCUUGGCGCUUCCUACUCCGUCGACUCCGAUGUUGCGCGCAAGGGUUUCCUGAUCGGUGCUCCCAUCUGGACCAGCCCCGAGGUGUUGAUGGAGGUUCCCUGGGGCACUGCCAGCGACAUCUGGGCUUUUGGAUCGAUGAUGAUUGCGCUGCUCCACGGCGGAGACUACAACCCCUUCCGCCCGACCAACGCAUCUUACCAUGACCGCAGCUACAUCUUCGAGGUCCUCCGCCAGCAAUCCCGCCGCUUCGGUGCCAUCCCCGAGACCUACCUCGAGCGUGCCCGUCCCGGCAAGGCCAUGGCUGCAAAGGCUCUCACCGUCGGCCGCAAGGUUGAGCCCCUUGACUACCGCACCGCGUCGCACUUCAUCAACCGCAUCAUGCGCAUGGACGCUGCUGAGCGCCCCACCGCCGACCAGCUUCUGGAGGAGAUGUCUGGCCUCUUCGAGGACUAA